UCAUCCCUCCGGGAACAGGCUUUCAUCUGAUUAGACAUAUUGAAUGGAUGAUUUAUUUCCAUUCAGGCCUCUGCAGAGAAGACAGACAGUGGACUCUCCCCUGAGAAAAGGAUGUGCCACCACAGCUCCAAAUGUUUCAUGCUCACUGGAGGAUGGCCAAGGAACAUACAACUUUCUAAAGGCUGAGACAGUGCAACAGACUGGAGUGCACCAGAUAGGAAAAUCCAAUUAUCUUCCAUUACGCCAGACGUUGAAGAUAUUUGCACAUUUUAAGAGAGAUGCCUACAUAGAAGAACAACAGCAGCUGGGCCAUAUGUUUCGUUACUGAACUGGUUCCUCAGGUAUCCUGGCUCUGGCAACUGCUAUGGGAGAUUGGAUGACUAUUACAGAUACAGGUCUGUCUUCAGAAAGCAAAAAUAUAUCUCAAUAUACCUCAGACACAAAGAUGUCUCCAUCAAGUUUAUACUCACAGCAAGUGCUAUGUUCAUCAAUACCUUUAUCAAAAAACGUGCACAGUUUUUUCAGUGCCUUCUGCACAGAGGAUAAUAUUGAACAAAGUAUUUCAUAUCUUGAUCAGGAAUUGACUACUUUCGGUUUUCCUUCAUUAUAUGAAGAGUCCAAAGGUAAAGAGACAAAGAGAGAAUUAAAUAUAGUUGCUGUUUUAAAUUGUAUGAAUGAGCUACUUGUACUUCAGCGGAAGAACCUUCUAGCUCAGGAAAAUGUGGAAACACAAAAUCUGAAACUGGGAAGUGAUAUGGACCAUCUGCAGAACUGCUAUGCAAAACUUAAGGAACAGCUGGAAACCUCCAGGAGAGAAAUGAUUGGGCUUCAGGAAAGAGACAGACAGUUACAAUGCAAGAACAGGAAUUUGCAUCAGUUACUAAAAAGUGAGAAAGAUGAGGUACAAAAAUUACAAAAUAUCAUUGCAAGUCGAGCUACUCAAUAUAAUCAUGAUAUGAAGAGAAAAGAGCGUGAAUAUAAUAAACUAAAGGAACGUCUACAUCAACUUGUUAUGAAUAAGAAGGAUAAAAAAAUAGCCAUGGAAGUUUUAAAUUAUGUGGGGAGAGCUGAUGGAAAGAGAGGCUCUUGGAGGACUGGUAAAAGUGAAGCCAGUUUCUUCCUCAGGAAUGAAGAUGAAAUGUAUAAAAUUCUCUUGAAUGAUUAUGAAUAUCGUCAGAAACAAAUCCUAAUGGAAAAUGCUGAACUUAAGAAGGUUCUUCAGCAAAUGAAAAAGGAAAUGAUUUCUCUUCUUUCUCCCCAAAAGCAGAAACCUAGAGAAAGAGCAGAUGAUAGUACAGGAACUGUUAUCUCUGAUAUUGAGGAAGAUGCCGGGGAACUGAACAGAGAGAGUAUGUGGGACCUCUCCUGUGAAACUGUGAGAGAGCAGCUUACAAAUAGCAUCAGAAAACAGUGGAGAAUUUUGAAAAGUCAUGUAGAAAAACUUGAUAACCAAGUUUCAAAGGUACACCUAGAAGGUUUUAAUGAUGAAGAUGUAAUCUCACGACGAGACCAUGAACAGGAAACUGAAAAACUUGAGUUAGAAAUUCAGCAGUGUAAAGAAAUGAUUAAAACUCAGCAGCAACUUUUACAGCAGCAGCUCGCUACUGCAUGUGAUGACGAUACCACUUCUCUGCUACGGGACUGUUAUUUGUUGGAAGAAAAGGAACGCCUCAAAGAAGAGUGGUCCCUAUUUAAAGAGCAAAAAAAGAAUUUUGAGAAAGAAAGACGAAGCUUUACGGAAGCUGCCAUUUGCCUGGGAUUGGAGAGAAAGGCAUUUGAAGAAGAAAGAGCCAGUUGGUUAAAGCAGCAGUUUUUAAAUAUGACCACCUUUGACCACCAGAACUCAGAAAAUGUGAGACUUUUCAGUGCCUUCUCAGGAA